AUGUCAGCAGAAGCUGAUGCACGAAAGUCAGCCGCAGAUGAAGCACAGAGAGCGGAAUCGGCAGGUCUGACUGCAAAAUGGGCAGACGCAGCAGUGCGGGAGAUGAUGACAGCAGCAAGCGUGGACGACGCUCGACAGAAGGCGUUACUUGUGCUGCAAGCUUUCGAGAAGGAGGCUAUGGAUGCUAAGCAGCUGGAUCAAUCGACUGCUUUUGCAAUUCACGCGGAACAGGCACGUCAAUCAGCCUCAGAAGUUCAAGUGCUACAGCAGCAAGUGGGUGUAUUGAGCAAGGAGAACCAGAUUUUGAAGCGAGCAGUGGCGAUCCAGCACGAGAAGCAGAAGGAGCAUCAGGCGCAGAUCGAGGAGGUUGGGAAGUUGAGACAAGCGCUGGCCCAGUAUCAAGAACAAGUGCACAAGCUGGAGGUGGCUAACUACGCCCUCAACCUCCACCUUCGCCAAGCCAAUGAUGCUGUGAAUCAUGCAGCUAUAGGAGGAGGAGGAGGAGGAGGAGGAGGAGGAGGAGGAGGAGGAGGAGGAGGAGGAGGAGGAGGAGGAGGAGGAGAGGAGGAGGAGGAGGAGGAGGAGGAGGAGGAAGAGGAGGAGGAGGAGGGAAAAGGGAGGGAGGUGGAGGAGCACGAUGGGGGUCCUGUGAGGGUGAAAAUGGAUCCGGAUGGAUUUGAAACGGUUGCUGAUCAACACGAGGUGGGAAAGAAGAGCAGGAUUGGGAAGGACGAUGUGGAAACUGGGGGUUCUGAGACGUCUCAAAACACUUCUUCAAACACGUGGGUUCUCGUGAAGUGA